UAUCUACGACUCGUUCACUACUGAACUACUACUCUCAGAGUUGAGGACUCUGACGGUGGAACACCGCCUUUAGGCCAUCAAGCAGGACGAUCCUUCGCCCAUCUCAAUCUCCCACAGGCACGCUGUCCGUACAAUUUCGCCCGUAACCCUUAGGCAAGAAGAUACAAAAAUCUGCUCGCCAUGGAUAUGCAACAUGGAGAUUUAGAUCGGAUCCUCUUUUUCGAGCACGCCCGCAAGACCGCCGAGGCUACCUACGCUAAGAAUCCUCUCGAUGCCGAUAACUUGACGAGGUGGGGAGGAGCACUGUUUGAGUUGUCUCAAUUUCAGAGCGUCGCUGAGUCAAAAAAGAUGAUUCAAGAUGCAAUUUCGAAGCUGGAGGAGGCAUUGUUGGUUAAUCCUAAGAAGCAUGAUACUCUUUGGUGCCUGGCAAAUGCUCAUACUUCUCAUGCAUUUUUGACUCCAGAGCAGGAUGAGGCGAAGGAUUAUUUUGAUAAGGCAGCUUUCUACUUUCAGCAAGCCGUCGAUGAGGAUCCGGGGAAUGACCUUUAUCGCAAGUCCUUGGAAGUGGCUGCCAAGGCGCCUGAAUUGCACAUGGAAAUCCAUAGGCAUGGUUUGGCUCAACAAGCAAUGGGGGCAGCAGGACCUUCUACUUCAUCAGGCUCAAAGACCUCCUCAAAGAAAAAGAAUAGUGAUCUCAAGUAUGACAUAUUUGGAUGGAUAAUUCUAGCCGUUGGAAUUGUUGCAUGGGUAGGUUUCGCAAAAUCCCAGCUUCCUCCGCCUCCUCCUCCACGAUAAGUUAGGCAUUCAGUGGUAUUCUGACACAGAUUGCAGAUUUAUCAGGGUUUCACGGCUGAUUUAAGUAGAAAAUUGAAAAUAAAAUCUGAUCCAUCAUCCAUUAGUUAUCUGUUUAACCCCAUAAGUGUUCUCCUUGUGUAACUGAUAUAUGAGGAGAGUCUUCAAAUCUUCUGUAUGAAAUAUUGAUUUUUCUCCGGUUGAGCCGAUAUUUUGUAGAUGCACUGUAGGUUUUUAUUGUGAUGAAGCUUCGUUAAUUCUUUUUGUCCUGGGGUGUUUCACCAGAAAACCUUCGGGUGAAAAUGUUUCGGUAAAAUAACAUUCUUCCAGUGGGUUGUGUGA